UUAGACAAAUAAGGUGUAUAAAUAUAAGUUUUAUUUCAAAUCGAAAAUGUUAUCUGUUUUCUGACAAUAACUUUAAAUUAAUAUACAAAUUACUAUAUUUAUUUCUUUAAGAAUUACUUCUUAAUUCAAUUCUUCAUUUUUAUUUCAUAUCAUUACGUAAUAAUUAUCACGCGCUUGUUGCGUAAUAAAUUUUUUUCAAGUUGUUCGUAACGUGAUAUGGGUGUAUCUAUUAAAUCAAAACGCACUAGAAUAGCGUUAAUCUUACGAUUAGUAUUAAUUACUGGAAUACUUGGAACUUAUGUGAUUAUUAGUUUAGUUUCUCAGCAAUUUUCUAGCAAUGAUCGCAGAUCUGAAUUACAAGGCGAGCCAAGUUUAAAUCAACGCCAUUUAUUAACAAUCGAAGACGAAUUAGGAAUAAAUUGUACACCACCAGCAAUCGAUGAAUUUCCCAACGAUGGAUUCACAAGGACUCAACGUAAACAAGGCUAUGUCCUUAUACAUUUUAUUGCCUCGUGUUACUUCUUUGUACUCUUGGCAAUCGUUUGUGAUGAUUAUUUUGUGCCUGCCAUCAAGAUGAUGUGCAAUUCACUAAGAAUGGCAGAGGAUGUUGCGGGAGCUACUUUUAUGGCAGCAGCGUCUUCUAGCCCGGAAUUGUUUAUAAAUUGUGUGGGAACUUUUAUCACACAAGGUGAUCUUGGUGUUGGUACUAUUGUUGGAUCGGCAGUGUUCAAUGUUUUAGCUGUUCCAGCUUGUUGUGGUUUAUUUUCGAGACAGACGAUACAAUUAGACUGGUGGCCCGUAAGCCGUGAUUGCUUAAUGUAUGGGCUAUCCGUGAUAUUUUUAAUAUUAGUAUUAGAUGAUGGAAGAAUUGAUUCAAUGGAAGCAUUUUGUCUCGUUGCAGCAUAUUUAUUCUACAUUUCAACUAUGUACUUUAAUGAAGAAAUCAGUAAUGGAGUUAAGAAAUUUGUAAGGUAUUUUAGAAAACGUUCCACUUAUAGAGAUGUAACAGAAAUUCGACCAUUACUUAAAACAGAUAAGAAUGUAAUACAGCAUAAUGGUUCAACCCUUGGUGUACCCGUGAUUGGACAACCUGAGAAUGGAUCCAAUGAAAUGGGAGUGCAGUAUCAAGAAAUGGAAAAUUUAGAGGAAUCUACAGAAAUUUGGAAAUGGCCAGACCAAGAUGUAUCUUCCUGUGGUAAACUAUUUUGGAUAAUAACGUGGCCAAUAUCAUUUGUGUUAUAUUGCACCAUACCAAAUAUACAUAAGCGACCAAAAUUAGUUAUAGUUUCAUUUUUCAUGUGUAUUUUGUGGAUUGGAGCUACUUCGUAUUGUACAGCUUGGUUUAUCACUGUAAUAGGUGAUACAUUGGAAAUACCCGAUUCUGUGAUGGGUUUAACAUUUUUAGCAGCAGGAACUAGUGUACCUGAAGCGGUAUCUAGUGUUAUUGUUACAAAUCAAGGACAUGGUGCAAUGGGCGUUAGUAAUUCUUUGGGCUCAAAUACAUUCGAUAUAUUAUUAUGCUUAGGAUUACCAUGGCUUAUUAAAAGUGCAUUUUAUCCAGUCCAUGAAGGUCAACAUUUUAUACAAAUUAAUUCAUCUGGUCUCACAUACUCAGCGGUUUCGUUAUUUUCGUCACUGGUUUUACUCUAUUUAGCUUUUAUAUUUAAUAAAUUUGUAUUGGAUUGGAAAAUUGGUUUGACUUGUUUAUUAAUGUACAUAGCAUUUUUAGUAUUUUCAUCUAUUAUUGAAUUAAAUAUAUUCUUUAGAGUGAAUUUGCCUACUUGUGAUCGAUAAAUUCUUAACUAUUAU